AUGUCUUUCCGCGCCUUCUCUUCUCUUCCCCGAGCCCUCGGCCGCCGCGCCGCCCCCCUCCGUGCUGCUACCCGCGUCUCGCAAUUCCACAGCUCGCGUCCGCUCUUGGUGUCGCAGGGCGACUCUCUUCCCAACCGGGACUUCUUGGUCGAGAACAGCCCGGGCAACAAGGUCAACCUCGCCGACGAGUUCGCCAACAUUAAGCGUGGCCUCGUCAUUGGCGUGCCUGCCGCCUUCUCCCCGGCUUGCUCCAACCAGCACAUUCCCGGCUACAUUAGCCACCCCAAGGUUGCCGAGAUCGUUGGCGAGGGCGGCAAGGUUGUUGUCGUCAGCGUGAAUGACCCUUUUGUCAUGAAGGCAUGGCAAGACCAGCUUGACCCUGCCGGUGACUCUGGUAUCCGCUUCCUCGCCGACCCUACUGGCGAGUUCACCAAGGCCCUUGAGCUAGACUUUGACAGCGUGGCCAUCUUUGGCAACCGCCGUGCCAAGCGUUACGCUCUGGUCCUUGAGGAUGGCAAGGUCAAGUCCAUCCACGUUGAGCCCGACAACACGGGAACAAAUGUCUCCCUGGCGGAGAAUGUUCUUGCCUAA